AUUGUCGGUUCCGCCAUGUUGUUGGUCGCAACUGCGAUCUUUCUUUACUACACGACAUGGACUAUACUGAUGCCAUUUGUCGACACGGGUCACCCGCUCCAUGACCUGUUCCCUCCACGCGUGUGGGCGAUCCGGAUCCCUGUCAUUCUCACGCUCCUGGGCUCAGCUGUCGUCGGGUCAUUCCUGGGUAUUGUGAUGAUCCGCAGCAGCAGAAGGAAG